AUGUUGAUCCUGAAGGAACCCAUAAAGCCGUCCCAAUCAAAAAUCACUUGGUACACAUCCGACGCAGCUGAUGGGAAACGAGGACGUUGCGGUCCACAAAUACCACCAAUCGACGGCACACCGGCUACUUGUAAUCCGGAUGAUGAAAAAGCACAUUGUUGCAGUAAUGGUGGUUACUGUGGAAAUACUAAGGAACACUGUGAAUGUGUUGGAUGCGUGGAUUUCUCGAAGGCUAGGGAUUUCAAAUAUAAGCCCGUCGAAUGGUGGACGUAUGCAGAAAAGCCGGCGAAUGUCGGACGAUGCGGCCCUGAUACUGAACGUCUUCCGUCUGGGAAGAUUGCCAAAUGCGAUCCCGACGGGGAGGCGUACUGCUGUAGUCGAUCGGGCUAUUGUGGACGAGGUAGCGACUACUGCGAAUGUCUUGGAUGUGUCGAUUUCAAGAAACAUCCCGAUUAUGAAUAUUGA